AUGGCAACCUCUGCUCGGUGUGCGCUGCCGAAGAACUCGGCCUGCGGACGCGGAGCUCCUCUUUCCUUUCUCUCAGUCCCAGCUUUCUCUGCUCAGCCAGUCUCCCGUCUUCCUGCUGGUCUCUGCCAUGCUCGACGGCGCCCAGCAGAGGUGCCCCCGAGAUUUCCCCGGCCAUCUGAAGGCCCGCAGAGAGGAGAGGAGCGUCGUGCUUGCGAAGAUGGGCGUUUCGCUGCCGCACGCUCCAAGACGAUAUUUCUUGCGUCUGAUGAAAGCCGCCCCACCCCGUCGUGUCUGUUUUGGCGCGGGGGAUGGCGCAAACAGAGAAGACGGAACGAGGGGAAGAGGCGGUGGGCAACAGGACGAGAGAGCGUCAGGAGCGAGGGAGAAACGUUUUACUUUCUGGCACCGUACUCGGCUUAUUUGUUUCCGCGGGACCUACCCACUCACCCGCGUUCAGUGCUCCAGGGGAGCUCAGGUCAAGGCUGGCAGUCUCCACUGUCUCCGUCUGGUUCGUUUUUCUCCCUUCCUGCCGGGCCGUCUCGCUUCGCGUCUCUUUCGGAACAGAGACGGUCGUUUGCUAUUUCCCAUAUAAACCCGUCGAUAAGCAAAGGAAAAGUGCACUACCGCGUGCCGAAUCCGUACAUUCCUGUUCUUCUUCUGCAGUCUGUUCCUGGCCUCGGCAAGAGAGGCGAGUUGAAACAGGUUCGCCGGGGCACUCUGCGCCUGUCUUUGGCGCCAAAGGGCAUCGCCGUGGUGGCCACUUGGCAAAACAUCGACGCUUUUUAUCUGUCUGAGAAGGAGGAAGAAGAGCGACGGCGGGCGCGGGCGGGGACAGGCGAGAAGCAGUUGGGGCGGGGCGGAGACAGAAACGGCUCAGCAAGAGGGGAUGGAGACGAAGAGAGCGACAGGGAUGAUGGCGGCGGAUCUCGACCAGGUUCCCCACGCAGUGGAGAGGAAGGGGAAGAGGAGGAAGGGCUGGUGAUGGAGGGCGAGCGCCGAGGCGAGGAUGACGGACAGGUUCCUGUUGCUUCGUUUCUUCACAAGUAUAGAGCGAAAUUCUUGGUGGACACGGAAGACACCGACCCGACAAAAGUACGGGGAAGUGGGAUCUCUCUGUACGACGUGCUCAGCAAAGUGAGUGAAGAGACGGAGGUCGAUCUCCUGCCCUCGCAGCUGGCGAUUGGGAGGCGGCAGAAAGAGAGUGAAGUGCAACUCACGUGGAGUGGCUCUUCGAGAGACGACAGAGAGAGGCGCAGAGCCGCAGACGAGAGAAGAGAAGACGAUGAAGAGGAACAAAUGAGGCAAGACGGAAUAAUAACCCGCUGCGGUGUCUAUACGGUCUACGCCACCAUUCCCUUAAAGAACCGCACGGCGAAGAAAAGCUUCGCUGUUGAAGUCCUCAGUAAACAAGAAGCUGAAAGGAUUCUGCGGGAAAAACAAAGACGCGAGGAGGAGGACGCCCGGCGCUCCGAUUUUGCAUUGGGAGAAGAGUGA